CAGAGCGAGGCAGGCGGCAGCGAGCGGAGCGCGGAGCGGCAGCCAGAAAUACAUGGUGCGCAGGAAAGACGCGGCUCCCUCCUCCGCUGAUUGGCUGCCGGCGCCGUCUCGUUACAUGGAUGUAGCCGCCGCACACUCCUCCCGUGUUAUCUCCGCUCCAGAGGGAGAGGCGAGAAGAAGCCUGCGCUUUCCCAUUGAUCAGGAAAUGGGGGAACUCCUGUCCUCGCCCCCCUGCCAGCGCCUCCUGUGCCAGCUGCGACCCUGCUGAACCGCUCCUUGGAGGAGCUCCUUGGCACCCUUCUCUUUUUUUUUUUUUUUUGCAAGUCUUUCUGAUUUAGAACAGUUAACAGCAGCACAUCUGGAGGCCAGGAGACCUGGUGUACCUGGAAUUAUCAUCUGUGGUCUUCAGGAAGGGGCACCGGAGGAAAUGGCACGGCCCACAGCCCAGCUGGCUGGCAACGAGAAGCUCCAGGGCCAGCAGCAGCAGCUGCAUCCCACGCCCCCUACUGGGGUACCAGGGGCUGGGAUGGUGAGCCUGAAGAGCCUGCUGCAAGGGCCCAUCAAGGGGCAAGAUCGCAGGGCAAAGGAUCUGUCCAACUGUAUUGUAAAAGAAAAGGAGAGAAAACUGGAAGAUGAAAUGGCUGCGCCUCGUACUUCUCAUUGUGCAUUUCUUGGAUCACUUCUAUGGGAACGCUCUUUGCCAUACAAUGAAAUAGAAUAUGUUGAUCUGGAUGAGUUCUUAUUAGAAAAUGGCUUACCCUCAACGCCACCUCACCAGCCUUUUUCACCAGCUAACUUGACUCCACCACCAUCUAACCAGUCAGUUGUUGACCUCAGUCGACCAGCCUCCUGCGCCUCUUCUACCUCUGCUUGUUCCUCUCCCGAGCAGAGCAUGAUGGGUAGUGAAUACGAACAUCCAAAUGGCAAAGCAGGUCAAAUGACUCCUUUAUCCAGAGAAAGUCCAAGUCCAGACCCAGAGUCAGUGGAAGUAAUGAUGAACUUUGACCCAGAUCCUGCUGAUCUUGCCUUGUCCAGUGUGCCAGGACAUGAUACAUUCGACCCUAGGAAACAUAGGUUUUCUGAAGAGGAACUGAAACCCCAGCCGAUUAUGAAAAAAGCAAGAAAAAUCCAGGUGCCAGACGAACAGAAGGAUGAGAAAUAUUGGAACCGGCGGUACAAAAACAACGAAGCUGCCAAACGUUCACGAGAUGCUCGUCGGCUGAAGGAAAACCAGAUCACGGUCCGGGCUGCCUUUUUGGAGAAAGAGAAUUCAGUUUUGCGCCAAGAGGUAGCCAAAAUCCGCCAAGAACUCUCUCGCUACCGAAACAUUCUGUCAAAAUACGAGUCUCAGCACGGAGCCUUGUAAAGAACUGAGAAGAUGUGUAGCUGUCCCACUUGGUUGCACGAACUAACACAACUUCACGAGAAUCUUCUCCCACAAUCCUUUUUUUCUUUCCCGAAGAAUGGCCCUUAUUCACUAAGAAAUAUCACAAGACUUAGAGGGCAUGAGGGACACAUGGGAAGCGGGCCGCUCUACAGCUCUUUUAUUGCCUUGCUUUCUUCCUCCAAUCUUCAGCAUUCCAUCUUGACCUCCUUUUCUGCAGGACAAAGGUGCUCUAGUGACUAAUAGACACUAUGGGGUUUCACCAGCAGUUAGGCAAAUGGACCCGAGGAAAAGGAAGCCAAAGCUGAGUCUGAACACGGGCACCAUCCAAUACACCAGCCACCACGUAAAGGCCAAUCUCCUUGUGUCUGACAAUCCUUGCACACAGCUGUCCAGUAGCAUUGCAUUUUUAUCAUUUUGUCAGAGCAUUUUGAUGGAUACAGCAUGGAUGAUAAAUCAUUGUACAAAUAUGUAAAUAUGUAAAACGAGUAUGCUAAAUGAAAAGGUAUUACAGUUAAACAAGCAGGAAAGGGGCGAACAAAUAUUGAGUUAGGUCUGCAGGGAUUUCAUAUUCUAGUAUCUUACUUAAGCGAGGGUGGACAAUCCUUCGGCAUCUUAGCUAUUGCAAUCCGCAUGAUCCACCUCUAUAAGCCAGACACUGACCACUACUGUGACAAAUGACAAUUGAGCACUAUCCAUUGCUUCAUUGUAUGCACGAAAAUGAUAGUGGUGGGUAUACCCAUCAUGCCAAUUCACUAUUCUCUUCCCAGGUACGCCAGCCUGGCACCUUCUCCUUUGGAAUGAGUCUCUUACGAGGGCAGUGGAGAUCUGAUCUCUCUUUCUGCUCUAGGUGAUCACCAUGACUAGGGAGACAUGUUAGUGACAACUCACUAAUUGAUUUUCCAGAGCCAUAAAUUUUACCAAAAUCUGUUCUUUUACUAAAAUGCUGUGUAUGAAACCAGCCUUUCAGCUGCUGCAUUGUCUGGUGCGGUUUCUUGGGCCCAAGCCAGAAGUGGAUUCAGAAGGCUUGUAUAUAGGAAGGACUUUACUUCUCCGUCUUGCUGGAUUCACUUCUGGUUUUGGCUCAAAAAAGCUGCAACAAAAACUGCAGUGGCAUUUUUUGUAAAAAUACUGUGUGUGUGAAGCUAUCGCAGGGCACUGUUCAUAAUUCUAUUCCGUCAUGGGCAGAGCUAUUCUUUCUUUCGAACUGAUGGACACAAUGACAGAAGCUCAACAGACUCAUGAUUCAAUGCGGUCCUUCGGAUGCCAUUGGUGUCCAUCAUAGGACGUUUCAGCAGAAGUGUGAACAGAGCUUUAGAUGCUUGGCCCAUGCCGUAAACGGGCUUGAAAAGGCCAGUAUGAUCCAAGUGACAAGACAAUCAAUCCUUCGGCCCCUGGAGAACCUUUCUUUGCAUGUUUAUCUUCAGUCCAUGGUUUUAGCAUAAGGUGAAUGCAGGUAUAGCCUCAUGUUAUCAUACUGCACGUAUUGGUUUUAUUCAAUGCUGAUUUUGCUUAUUUUUGAUGUUUUAUUUAUUAAAAAAGAAAAAAAUGCAUCAAAAAUUGCAGCAAAAACAUGUGUGGAUAGAGCCUUACUAUUUUUUUGCAUUGAACAUCAUAUAAACAUUCAGUGGAAAAGCACACCCCAGUUAUAAGAUGUAGCGUGCACAGAAAGGUUUACACAGUCCUAACUGAUGGAUUAU